AUGCCUGCUUUCCACUUCCGCCAUAUUAAAGACCUAUACCCCAUGACGUGGGCGAAGUCUAUCUCCUUGACCUCAGCGCUUCAGCAAGAACUUGCCGCAAAUCCUAUCACAGGGGAAAGAACAGAUUCUCACGUCGUAGAGCUCACAUCAUGGGCAAGUCGGGUUACGUUGGAUAUUAUAGGGAUUGCAGGCAUGGGUCGUAGCUUCAACAUGCUGCAAAAAUCGACUGAUCGACUGCUGAGGAUAUAUGAGCAGCUGCUUGACCCGCAGAGGGAGAAAAUUGCUUUCGCCGUUGCCGCAAUCGUAUUCGACAUGGAUGCCGUUAGGCUGCUGCGAUGGAAAAUAAACGCCCGAUUUCGCCAGUUGACAAAUUAA